AUAGAAUAAGCUUGGAAAAAACGAAAAGACCAAAAGAUAUAUACUUUAAAGUUAAAAGAGCCUCAUAAUUAUUAUCCUAACCUUAAUAUUUUAUUGAUGUAUAGUGAUGGUUGACGUCUGAAACCUACAUUUUCUUGAUUGACAUAAUGACGGAUGGUAAGAUUGUACAGAUACCAUACUUAAAAAUUUAAAUUCAAAUCUACAUAAGAUUAAACCAUAAAUUUCUAAAAACAUUUAUGUAUUGCAUUUUGAUUUUCUGAAGAUCAAAACACACGAGCUUCUAAAAGAAUCUCAUAUAGAGAUUUGCCAGAAGAGAAGAAGGAAGAAAUACGUAGAAAACAAUGAGAGAGAUAUGCUAAACAAAAAGCAUUGAAAAACUAUCAAAUUGAUACGACUAAUUCAAGUUAUUUGAAUCGUAACAAUUUACCCCCAUGUACUGAUGAUCAUGCGGCAUCUACAAGUACGCAACAUUCGUAUUAUCAUGCUGAUAAUAUUAACAAUUCUCGACAAGAUAAACAUGGUGACAGAGUAUCAAAGAGAUCUUAUCAAGAUCUGGAUUCUUCAAAUGGAUAUAGUGAUAAAAAUAAUCUCUGCCAAAAUUCAUCUUCCAAUAAUAAUGGGAGAUUUGAUCAGGUAUAUACAGAAUACUGCCUUCAUUUUUCUAAUUGAUCCUACCUUCGGUUUCUUCUCAUCAGUCUACCUAAUAAAAAUUACACAAACAGAUCCCAUCUGUUGAUCUCGAGAACUCAGUUAGCCAGACAAUUAUGUCAACAACUUCUAGAAGUAAGGGUUACUCCAACAUCACAAUAUUUGUUUUAUAUUAAUAUACAUUCAUAAUAACAAAAUAUCAGUUUGCUAAUUUGACCUAAUUAAACCUUUCAUUAUGUUAGGCCCAUCGCAAAAUAGGAUCACUCGAUUUCGAGAUUUGCUACAAAAUGUGCCGUCUGAAGCAUUUUCACUUCCGUCGGUCCCCAUAUGCAUACAUUGUAAAGCAAAGAGAUUUAUCCAUGAAACAAAUGGAUUCUGUUGUGCAGAUGGAAAAAUUUAUCUGGCCACAAAUGAAGUUCCAAAUGAACUUUAUGAAUUAUUAACCUCCAACACAAGUGAUUCUGCACAUUUUCGGACAUAUAUUCGAACUUAUAACAACCAAUUUGCAUUCACAUCGUUGGGUGUUAAAUAUGAUCAAAAUCUCUGCCAAAGAAACAACGGAAUAUACACUUUUAGAGCACAGGGACAAAUCUACCACAACAUCACAGAUUUACUUCCUUCUGAUGGUCAUCCUUCAAAUCUCCAAUUAUAUUUUUAUGACACGGAACAUGAGUUAGAGAAUCGACUAUUUGAUUCACAAUACAGAAUGCUCCCAACAGUCACAAAUCAACUCAUCCAUAUUCUUCGCAUCAAUCCGUACUCUAUUUUCUUUCGUUCACUUGGUGAUAUGCCAGAUUUGAAACGACAAAUAAUACAUGUUAGGAGUGACGCUGGCCUAGAUCAACGUGUAUUCAAUGCCCCUACUUCGUCACAAGUAGCGGCAAUAUGGGUUGAAAAUGAAGAUGAUAACCAAAUGGGAAGGCGUGAUAUUUUUGUAUAUAACCAUUCCGGUAGACAAUUCAAAGUUCAAUAUUACUACGGCUGUUAUGACUCACUGCAAUAUCCAUUGUUAUUUCCGUACGGUGAUAAUGGUUGGCAUAAAGGGAUUGAAAGGAUUGGAGAAACCCAAUCAAGAUCUGUCGGACAAACUCUAACAACAAACCCUCGACGAUCAUCAAAUGUAGAAAAAUUAUUAGCAGCAGAAGAAUCAAGUAAACAAUCCUUGAAUAUGUAAAAAUAUAUAUAUAUUUAAAUAUAUAGGUACAAAUCACUCUUUGUUCACAUCUAACAAUAUUUUACUCCCUUCAAUUCAAACUGAUGCAGUAUCAGUCUAAGAAACGAAAGUCCCAAAAGUUUCGUGCCGUGAAUAUUAUUGCUUCAAGUUACAAAUACGGGAAGAUGAAAGAUCAAUUUUGCUGCUCUCUGGUCGGCUACUGCAACAAUAUGCAGUAGACAUGUAUAUCAAGAUGGAGUCUUCAAGAUUGGAUUAUUAUAGAGGCCAGCAAAUGCACAUACGAACAGAAUUAUAUCAAGGUAUAGUUGACACGAUUACGCUGGGAGAACGAGACGCUUCUAAUGUUGGGAAACGAAUCAUACUCCCUUCGUCUUUCAUAGGAGGACCAAGAGACAUGAGGAAGAGAUACAUGGAGGCUAUGGCGUUAGUACAACGCUUUGGUAAACCUGAUAUUUUUCUAACGAUGACAUGCAACCCAAACUGGAAGGAAAUCACAAAUGAAUUAUGUCAACACGAGGAGAGCCAAAAUAGACCUGAUCUGGUUGCACGAGUUUUCCAUGCAAAACUAGAGGAAUUAAAGGACAAGUUAUUCAAGAAAGAGAUAUUCGGCAAGGUCGCAGCAUAUGUCUACGUUAUUGAGCACCAAAAAAGAGGUCUUCCACAUGCACACUUUUUAAUUAUAUUGAAAAGGGAUUGGAAAUUACAUGCUCCUGAAUCCUUCGAUGAGAUCGUGUCAGCAGAGAUUCCAGAUAAAAACUCUAACAUCCACUUGCACAAGGCGGUUGUAAAACACAUGAUGCAUGGACCUUGUGGGGAUUUGAACAAAACAAAUGUUUGCAUGAAGGGGGAGAAUCCACGUUGCAAAAAUAAUUUUCCAAAAAAGUAUGCUCCAUUUACGUCUGUUGGAAAUGACUGUUUCCCUAUUUAUAGGCGUUCAAAUAAUGGUGUGACCGUAAAGGUCAGAGGGGCAACAUUAGACAAUUGUUGGGUUGUUCCCUACAACCCAUAUCUCCUUGCCACAUUUGACUGCCACAUGAAUGUAGAAAUUUGCUCUACAGUGAAGGCGGUAAAGUAUCUCUAUAAAUACAUUUACAAAGGCUAUGAUCGUGUUGCAUUCAACUUGGUCUCCGAAACAAACAACCAACAAGUUGAUGAAAUACAUCAGUUCCAGACAGUUCGAUGGAUUGCUGCCCCUGAAGCAAUGUGGAGAAUAUACGGAUUUAUUGUAAAUGAGAUGUCCCCAGCAGUAUAUAGCUUGCAUUUACAUCUCAAGAAUCAGCAUACGGUUACAUUCCGAGGAAAUUCUGACCUGUCAAACAUUGCUAAUUCGGAACAUUACAAAAAAUCUAUGUUAACAGAAUUCUUUGAAUUAAAUAAAGUAGAUGAAAAUGCAAGGAUGUUACUGUACAGACAAAUUCCUGAAUACUAUGUUUGGAACAAUCAAAACAGAAGGUGGACUCCACGAAAGAAAAAAGACAGUAAUAGGACGUAUUGUAACAGCAAACCCAUUAGAAGGCGAAAGAUAUUUUUUGCGGAUACUGCUAAAUCACAUAAAAGGCCCGUUAUCUUUCGAAGAUAUCAGGACAGUACAUGGCGUAUUGGCGCCAACAUAUCGUGACGCAGCAACAAUGCAUGGAUUGCUACAGAGAGAUAGUUGCUUAGAAGACUGUUUACACGAAGCAUCCCUUUAUCAAAUGCCUUCCAGUUUGAGGCGAUUGUUUGCAACAAUAUUAGUCUACUGUAAUCCGAACAAUCCCAGAGAACUUUGGGAACAUUUUGAGGAACAAAUGUCACUCGAUAUCAAAAAAACAGAAAAUGAUACACAAAACGUAAGAUAUCAAGUAUUGCGGUCGAUAUCUUCGACAAUUGAGUCUAUGGGAAAAGACAUUAAUUCAUACCAACUGCUUGACGAAGACAUCAUCUUUGAUAAUGACGAAUUUCAAUCCAGAGAAAUUAACGAUGAAUUGAAUGUAGAAAUUCCAGAGGAAGAUGUUACAGCGUCAGAAAGACUUAAUACUGAGCAACAACAAGUGUACAAUGCAGUAAUGGAUAGUAUUUCAUAAAAAAAAAAAGCAAUGCAUUCUUCGUGGACGGGCCCGGUGGGACAGGUAAAACAUACCUAUACAAGGCGUUACUUGCAGUCGUACGAUCUAAUGGUGCCGUGGCACUUGCAACUGCUUCAUUAGGUGUGGCAGCAUCUAUUCUUCCGGGAGGUCGUACAGCUCACUCACGUUUCAAGCUUCCCCUCGAUGCCGAUGGAAAAAGCACAUGCUGUGUAAGCAAACAGAGUGCACUGGCCAAACUACUUUGUGCAGCAAAAUUAAUUAUAUGGGAUGAGGCCCCAAUGACCCGAAAACAGCACAUAGAAGCGUUAGAUAAAAUGCUACAAGACAUUAACGAUACAACCUUACCAUUUGGUGGAAAGGUAAUUGUUUUUGGAGGAGAUUUUCGCCAGGUGUUACCUGUGGUACAAAAAGGAACGAGACAGGAGCAGAUAAAUUCUAGCUUGGUAUAUUCAUACCUGUGGCCUACUUUGACUAAAUUUUGACUAAUUCAAAACAUGCGAGUCAGGCUGGAUCCGUUGUCUUCGGACUACGUGUUGUCGGUGGGCAACGGCACGCCACCAAACACAAUCAAUGACAUAAUAAAAAUACCACAUGAAAUGCUUGUACCGUAUGAUGACGACAACAGUUCCUUAAAUAUCUUGAUAGAAGACGUUUUCCACAACAUUCAGCAAUAUCCAGAAAAUGUGUCUACCAUGAUGAACCGUGCAAUACUAACACCAAAGAACAGCUUUGUCGAUGAAAUAAAUUCGUUGUUAAUUGGACGAUUCCCAGGAGAAGUCCACCUAUACUAUAGUAGGGAUGAGACGGUAGAUAAUACUGAGCAAUCGGUAAUGGAGGACUUCUUAAACACUCUAACUCCGAAUGGAUUACCCCCACAUGAAUUAAAACUCAAAAAAAAUUGUCCCAUAAUGCUGCUUAGAAACAUUAAUCCUUCUGAAGGUUUAUGCAAUGGAACACGUUUAAUAUGUCGGGCAUUCGACCAAAAUGUCAUAGAUGCUGAAAUUGUCGUGGGACACCAUAUCGGAAAAAGAGUGUUCAUUCCAAGGAUACCGUUCCUGCCAAAUGUGGAUGAAAAUAGUGGUUUUCCAUUCAAACGAACGCAAUUCCCAAUCAGAUUGAGUUUUGCAAUGACUAUAAAUAAGUCCCAGGGACAAACAUUGGAUUACGUUGGGAUCUAUUUACCACAACCUGUUUUUUCACACGGUCAGUUAUAUGUAGCAAUAUCACGAGCAAAGACGUCAUCAACAGUUAGAGUCCUGAUCCGACCUGUGUCAACUUCGCAACAAGAUAAGAACUUGACUAAAAACAUCGUGUACACAGAGUUAUUAGCAUUAUCUUGUUUAAGUUAAUCUCUUCAAACAACUUGCAAAGUGACCGAAUGCCGACUCUACACCAAUCAGUUGAUGACAUCACUCCAACCACAGUUGGAUGGAAAAUAAAAAUGACAGUUCUACAAAAAUUUCCACCACGAACAAGCAUGAGUUCACCAGUCCGAUAUCAGAAGCUGUAUUUAUCUGAUC